AUGUGGAUGUUUUUGACGUCAUUCUAUGUUUAUUCAGCAACAUUUGGGCAAUUGUGUAUGUCAUUCAACGAGUUGAUUGAUGUGGCAGGUAAUUUGGCAUCAACAUUAUAUAUCAUGUGUUUAAUGUUUUGUGGUGUAAUUGUGCUGCCAGAUGUCAUGCCUGGAUUUUGGAUGUUUAUGUAUAGAAUUAAUCCAUUUACCUAUUUGAUUCAAGGAAUUCUUGCAACAGGUUUGGGGAAUAACAGCGUGACAUGUGCUGAUCGGGAAUUGCUCACACUUAGACCACCACAAGGAUUGACAUGUUCCUCGUUUUUGAAUCCGUAUAUUAAAGUGGCGGGAGGAUAUUUUUAUUCACUAGAGAAUGGAUCUUGUUCCUUUUGUAUGAUGGAUGACACUGAUCAGUUUUUGACGGCUGCAAAUUCUCCAUACAAUAGACGAUGGAAACAUUUUGGAAUAUUUGUUGCGUUCAUUGGAAUAAAUGUUAUUUGUACGAUAUUUCUUUAUUGGCUAUUUCGAGUUCCAAAAAGAGUCAAAUUCAGUCGCAAUAAGACAAUUUUUUAG